AUGCAACCGAGCCGAGCAUGGCGCGGCCUCCUUCGCCUGCUGCAUGGUAUCUCGUGCCUCUACUUUGGCUUUCUCUCGAUCUUUCACUUCAUCGCCAACGACGGGGAGGUCGUCUCCCUCGACGGCUACGCUAUGUUACCGAGUGGCGUCAUGUUUGGUGUCAUCGCGCUCCUGCAUCUCUACCCUUUGUGCUCGUUCCAAACCGCUCGCGUCGAUCCCAUCGUGAUGCGACCAACAUCGCGCUGCUCGUUCGAGCACUGGACAGCUCAGUGGCCCGUCCCCGACAACAUUCAAGUGUGCCUCAACCACUUCAUUGCCAUUGGCUGCGAGACGCAUUUGGCCUACAAGAUGGCACGAUCGCUCGCGCAGACCGAGGUUGCCUACUUGUACGCGAUCACGCUCGCAAUCAAUUGCCUCUGUACGUCGUGGCUUCUCCUGCUCAAGCGCGCCAAGUCCAAAUUGCAGCUCAUUGGGCUCAUCGACUGCGUCAUGUCGACCGCUUUGACGGCGGGAUUCCCCCUCGUGUUUUUCGCUGCGCCUAUCAUGCAGUACAGGUUCUUUGGGAAUCACAACGUGCGCCACAGCUUUAAUUGGCUCGCGCUCAACGUGCCGCCGUCGCGCUUGCUCGUGACGUCAUCGAGCUCGGACUUGGUUGUCAAGACGCUCUUGGCCGUCACCAACUUUCUUGUGCUGACGCGCCUGCGUCACAUCAAGAAGAGCACGCCACGGCCGCUGCUGCGCACCAAGAGCUGGAGUCGGCGCCGAUUCUCCGUCACGGUCAAGCUCGUCGACGGACCGCGCGUCAGCUCGAAGCUCCCGUCGAUGCGCAACGUCUCUGUCUCGAUGCGGCUUCGAGGCGUACCGCAUCUCAGUUCCAUCUCGAUCGAAGUCGCCAAGGUGGCGUGGGAAGUCAGCAAAGACCACUUUACGUGGGAGCAGAAACACCAGAAUGUCGUGCUCGCGGCGCUUCUUCUUGAUCUUUUGUGGGGUGGCGCCGUUCUUCUCGUGGCGACGCUCGCGGUCUUUCAUCGGGACGCGUGCCCGUCCUACUGCGAGCAAGUGGCCGCGCCAUGGUUCACCAACGACUGCCGAUGCGUCUACGUCCGCCUCCACUGCGUCCGCGAUCACAUAACCGACAGCUCUUCGGUCGACGCCUAUUUUACACGUGCGCGUCUUGGCCCGGACCUCUUCCUUCUGCAUGUGCAGCGGUGCGACAUCCCUUAUGGCUUGAACGCAACGACGACGUCCCAGUUUACAAACCUCUAUGGUCUCUGGCUUGAACACACGGCGCUGCGCGAGUGGCCCGUGACAUCGAAAGCACUGCCACCGUCGACGAUGCUUGUGCAUCUUCGCCACGCCCCGUACUUGACGUUGCUGCCCGAGGUGCUAUCGGCGCCGCCACCGACACUUCGGUUUUUGUAUGUGGCUGAGUGCCCGCUAAUGACGAUAGCGGGCGCCGUGUUUCAAAAUUGGACCAACUUGCUCUCGCUGCGCCUGGUUGCGAUGGGCUUGACCACGCUGCCACCUGAAAUCGGCGACCUCCCCAUCGUCUCCUCGAUCGAUGUCGGCUACAACCGUCUCACCGCGCUCCCGCGAGAGCUCGACAAAAUCACAGCGCGCUUGUUCGAGCUGUACCUGGACCAAAACGCCCUCUUGGAGUUUCCUCUGUCGGCGCGAUCGAACUACCCCAAGCUCGAGGUGUUUUUGAACCGAAACCCGAUUCCAUCUCUAUGCAGCGAUGGCUGUGCGUGGGGCCGCCUCGACAUGACCAACACCCUCUACUGCAAUACAACGACACAAAGCGGCGUCUGCGGCACCGACUGCGCGAGCGCCUGUAGCCACGGUCGUAUCACCGACUACUUUUGCGACACGGCGUGCAACACGUCGGCGUGCGCCUUUGACGGCGGCGACUGUCUUUUCUAACCGACGUAGAAUGCUGCCACUGUAGACAAGUAGACGGUUUAAUCGUCAACCUCGCGGCGUUUUCCA